AUGUCUUCGACCAUCUUCGUCUGUGGUGCCACAGGCACUCAGGGUGGAGCUUUGAUCGACCACCUUCUCAAGACCGACACCCGCAUCCACGCCGUUACAAGAAACUCCGACUCAAAGGCUGCCCAACGCCUCAAAACACUGGGGGUCUCCAUAACGGAGGGUGACUUUGAUCACGAAGAGUCCUUCAAAGAUUCAAUGUCCAACUGCACAACCCUUUUCCUAAACCUGACGCCAAACAUGAUGGACCUCAACGCAAGCUUCGAGCAAGCGUGCCGAGUUCUCAGGGUCGCCAAAAGCGCCGGAAUCAAGCAUAUUGUCUACGCCAGUGCUACAUCGGCUGAUGACCCUUCCCGCUUCACGGCCUGGGAUCCAACCAACAUGGUCGGCGCCAUGAUGCUCAACAAACAGGCCAUUGAGAACGAAGUUCGCACGGCGGGAUUCGACACAUGGACAAUAUUACGCCCGGCCGUCUUCAUGACGAACUUCUUGUCUCCAAUGGCAAUGAUGUACCAAGGCCUCACCGAGACUGGUGUACUCACCACCGCCUACGCCCCCGAUACCAUACUCCCAAUGGUCGACCCAAACGACAUUGGCAAGUUCGCCGCAGCGGCAGUGCUCGAUCCUACCAAAUACAAUCAACAGGGAAUUCCGAUCGUGUCGGAAUUUUUGGGCGUCGACGCCUUGAUGCAAUGUCUGUCUCGUGUCACUGGGAGAGGGUUCAAAGUUGUCCACCUCUCGGAUGAGGAAAUCAAUGCACAGAAGUCGACCAAUCCUUUUAUUUGUGGUCAACUUAUGUCACGCAAUAUAGCAUCGCUGGUGGAUUCGAAGGAAAUCUCAAAGUGGAACAUCUCACUGGGAACUUGGGAGGAAUUUUUGCAACGUGAAAACGCAAGAGUCCACAACACGUAUCUCUCGGCUGCGUGA